AUGAAUUGGACGAUUCAAAAAGCAAUAGAUCAAGAUCAUUCGAAUGUCCAAUUGAGAGAAGAUCAUGUUGCGAUUCUCAAUGCUUUUAAUGAGGCAUCCUUGGCCGAAGAGAGAUUUUUAAAGCAAAAAGCCAAGGUUAAAUGGCUGCAAUGUGGAGAUAGUAACACUGCCUAUUUCCAUAGUUGUGUUAAAAGUCGGGUUGCUAGAAAUCGAAUUGAGGCUGUUACGGAUAUGCAUGGAGUUAAACAUGAGGGUGAUGAUGUGCAUAAAACUUUUGUGGAUUUCUAUUCGAAUUUUAUUGGUAAGGAGGGGGUUUCUACACCGUUAGUGAGGGAUAAUUUAUUCACUAAUAAAAUUUCGAAUGAAAAGGCUGAAAACAUGGUGAGAGGUGUUACGGAUGACGAAAUAAGAAAGGCAAUGUUUUCUAUGGGGGAUGAUAAAUCACCGGGUCCUGACGGGUUCAUAGCGGCUUUCUUUAAGGCUGCUUGGGAUAUAAUAGGACUUCAUAUCUGCCGAGCUAUCCAUGAUUUUUUCAGAACGGGGAAGAUCUUGAAGGAAAUUAAUCAUACGGUUAUCACUUUAAUUCCAAAGGUGCGAUCUCCUUCUAGUAUUUCUGAUUUUCUCCCGAUCUCAUUAUGUAAUGUGAUUUAUAAGUGCAUCAGUAAGAUAAUUGCUGAUCGUUUGAAAGAGGGGUUAAAGGAGGUUGUGAGUAUUAAUCAAUCCGCGUUUGUCCCGGAAAGACGAAUUACUGAUAACAUUCUUUUGACACAAGAACUGAUGCAUAAUUAUCAUUUGGAUCGAGGGGUUCCUAGAUGUGCUUUUAAAGUGGAUAUUCAAAAGGCGUAUGAUACGGUUGAUUGGAACUUUCUUAGAGUGGCGCUUGUGGGUUUUGGGCUGAAGACUCGUAUGAUAAAUUGGAUCAUGGAAUGUGACUACUACAUCUUUUUCUCUUUGUAUCAAUGGGUCACUGUUCGGAUUGUUCAAAGGAAAGCGAGGGUUAAGGCAAGGAGAUCCGCUGUCCCCCUAUCUUUUUACGUUAUUAAUGGAGACGAUCUCUUCAUUUUUAUGCAUGGAGAUGUAGACUCGGCUAAUGUGGUUAUGAAAGGUCUAAUGGAAUUUAAGGAGGUUGCGGGUCUUGCUCCAAAUUUGCACAAAAGUACAGCUUACUUUUGUAAUGUUUUGAAUUAUGUGAAGCUAAAUAUCUUGAACAUUUUACCUUUUGAGGAGGGCAGGCUACCUAAGUAUUUGGGGGUCCCUCUAGUUUCGACUAGAUUGGUGUAUAGAGAUUGUAAGGAGCUGAUAGGUCGUGUAGAGAAGCGUAUCCAUGAUUGGAGGAAUAAGUUCCUCUCGUUUGCAGGAAGAUUACAACUUAUCAAGUCCGUUCUAUCAUCUAUGCAAGUUUGUAGAGGUAAAGCAAAAGUAGCUUGGGAGAUUGUAUGUCUUCCGAAGGAGGAAGGAGGGUUAGGGAUUCGACGGCUUGACUUGUUCAAUGUUGCUCUACUGUCUGCCCAUAUUUGGAAUAUUAUCACCUUGAAAGAAUCUCUUUGGGUUUGUUGGAUUCAUAUGUAUAAAUUGAGGGGUCAAAACUUCUGGAAUGUGAAACUAAAGGGGAAUAUGUCAUGGGGAUGGAGGAAGUUGCUACAGAUCAGGUGUCUUAUUCGCAAGUUUUUCUGGUAUAAUAUUGGAAAUGGAUGUACUACCUCGGCCUGGUAUGACAAUUGGUCAAGUAGAAGCCCGUUGAUUGAUCAUUUGACUCCUCGUAUGAUAUCGGCUGCUGGGUUUUCUCUCAAUGAUAGUGUGGCGAUGUUAAUUCAAGAUGGAGCUUGGAAAUGGCCUAGCAAUUGGAAUAAUCAGCUUCAUAAUGUUGAAAUACCCAUCUUGAUGGAUAAUUUUGAUUCAAUUAGCUGGCGGGAUAGAGAUGGUAAUCUGAAAGUUUUUUCUAUUCCAAAUGUUUGGGAAGACAUUCGUACUCGAGAUAUUAGGCUCGCAUGGACUGAUCUUGUAUGGCAUAAGUUUGGUAUUCCCAAACACGCUUUCAUGCUGUUGUUGGUCUUUAAGAGGCGGUUAAAGACCCAAGACAUGCUUCGUUCUUGGGAUUUGAUUCAUAGUUCGCAGGAUGAAGAUAUUGUGUGGCCUCUUUGUGAAUUGGAACCGGAUUCACAUAACCAUUUAUUUUUUGAAUGUUCAUUUUCUGAUCAGGUUUGGAGAGGUGUAUUGGAUGAAGUAAAUAUGGUCCACUCAUCGUCAAGUUGGGACUCGAUUAUUCAGCAAUUCUUGUCAUCCAUCAAAUCGAAGUCUUUCAAGAUGAUUGCUGGUCGAUUAAUCCUUGCAGCUGCGGUGUAUAUGAUUUGGCAAGAACGUAAGUCAAGACUUUUCAAGAAGCAAAAGAAACCCGCAGCCCAGCUAGUGAAAGAGGUAAUUGAAGUCGUGAGGCUUAAGUUGUUGACCUUUCGGUAUAAAAGAAGUGCUAGAAUGGAAGAGGAUCUAGCGUUUUGGAAGAUCCCAAUUUCAAGGAUCCUAUAG